UUUUGUAUUAUUGCUCAGCUUGUGACGUCAAUGCACGUGCAUUUACUAGGAAUGCGAGGUGGAGAAAGACUCGAAACAAGACGACAGAGAAUUAUAAUAAAGUCUUAAGAAAUGGCACAGUUAAUCACAGGAUUGCUUUGGUUUGUGGCGAGUGUUUUGUUGGGUUCAGGUGGAGCUUUGGAUAUACCCAAGGGACAUCUCUUACUUGUUGAUCAUGAAUGUGGUAAUACUGCGAAACUGAAUAAACCAAUUGUUCAUAUUCGUACUGAUUUACACAUACUGACGAAGGCGUACUGUAAAAAUGGUGUAUUUAACUUUACCUCUGUUGAUCCCAGUAGUCAUGAUCUGAACGCAACGUUCCAGGACAGUUCUUCAAUGUGUACGUUUAAGAAAGUACCGAACGCCCAAAUUUACACUAUUAGGGUAGAGAUUUAUUGGGGGGAGAUUGGUGGACCGAUUCAUACACCUAGUCAAGAACACAUUAUUACCUGUACAUUCGAUGAUAAAGUUGAACAAAAAACAAAUUUUACCAAGUUGAAAGAACCAUUGCUUGCUCCCAAAGAUAUUGCCUAUCAUGUGGGUGGAAAAACAACUUCUGUCUUAACGCUAGAUGUUGUGGAUGUACGACAUAAAGUAAUAACGAAAUCAGUACAAAAAGGUCGUCACGUGAGACUCAUGGCUACAAGCGAUGGGAAGAAUAAUGAGUUAGGUAUUAAACCAGUAAGCUGUGAUGCUGUUGGAAUGCCAUCCAGAUUUAGACAUGCCAUUAUUAGAGCAGGGUGUGGUGAUGGUUCUAUAUUUAAAGUUGGGACUGGUUUUGUUACAAAGGGAUUAAAAUCAUUCAGUCCCUACUUUAUGGCCUUUCAGCUUAAUAAAGAUACUUCUAUAGAUUUUGAAUGUAACUUGACAUUAUGUGCCCAAAACUGUGAUGGGAAUUCCUGUACUAAUGAACGACGUCGUAGAUCAUACGAUGAAAACGAAAAAAUUUUCUUCACUAAAUCUAAGAUCCUGAUUAUUUCGGACACAAUGGACAUGGAAAAUGAUUUACCAAUGGAAACCAAUAGAAAACAUCUGAAUUUAGAAGAUAAUUUGAUCUCGGGCUAUGUUACCAAGAAACAACUAUGGGUGGCAAUGGCAGUUUUUGGCUUCUUGAUAUUUCUCACUAUGGUUAUGUCAAUGUAUAGUUGUUUUUUUAGCACAAGUUAUACCCUUAACGACCAAUGUACGUGCAACACAAAACGCAACUGUGCAUGUGACGAUGUGUGUAUGUGUAAGUGUUCAUGUAACAAACCCUCGUGUAGUAAAUGUUCCUGUAGUACGUAUAAAUUGCCUAUCUUGUAGAUAAAUAAAUAUUUGUAAGUGCA